GUGGGAACGCGGAAACACGCGCGGCCUACUGGCAGAGACAGUGUCGGAGUGGCAUCGUGUUUGGCAGCUGCACAAAGGAAAGGCUCGCCGAGAACGAUCUCACCAAGCAGUGCUAAUGAUGCUACACAAAUGGCGCCGGCCUGGCCCACAAGGAACGGCAGCCUGCGCCCUUUCUGUGUGGGCUCGCCUCGCAGUGAAGCGGAGAGGACGGUCACGUGCUGCUGCAGCAAUGGAGAUGCGGCCGUCAGUGCCGCAGUGGCCAGCUGCAGCUCUUCGCAUUCGUGGCUUCUCCUCUGAGCCAUCGAUGGAAGAGCGCGUGAUCGGCGCCGUGAAGCGAUACAUCGAGGCUCGCAAGGAUGACCUGUCGCGGGACAACGACGUCGACGCUCUCACCAAGUCCGAGAUCCUGAAAGCAUUUGAGAAGGACGUCUCCUCGGCAACAACUUGGGACGAUCUAAAGUUCGAUGAUGUGGACAAGGUGGAAGUCCUUCUGGAGGUGGAGGAGGAGUUCAACCAUGUUAUGCCGGACGCCGUUGCAGACAAGCUAUCCUCAGUGAAGGAAGUGAUUGACUACAUGCAACAGAAGUAG